AUGCCAACGGCGGUGCUGGCGGCGCGCGCGCAGCCAAUGGCGGGGCCGCGGUGCGUGAACCGGUUUCCGGAGAAGCCGCUGUGCAAGUUCGUCGACGACCUCGCCGCGUCGCCGCUCACCUUCGUGGACGCGUCGGCCGGCGAGACCAUCAAACUCGGCGCGUACGACAAGUUCCACCGCGACCUGCCCCCCACCAAGGUGUACGCGUUCGGCGUCUCCCGCAGCUCGGCGCGCUACCCGGGCCCCGUGCUCCUCGCAACACGCGGCACCACCACCAGGCGGUGUGCUGAUUACCCUCCUUGCAAGCGGUGUGCUGAUUACCCUCCUUGCAAGCGGUGUGCUGAUUACCCUCCUUGCAAGCGGUUCAAUGCCGUCAAUCAGUCUGUCACGAUCGUUAGGCUUUUGGUUUGCUGGGUCUCCAACAUUCGGAGCCACUUCCCCUCUAAUCCCCACCUCAAUUCCAUCUUCGCUCACCUCGAUGUUAUCACAGCCGUCCAUAAGCAUGGGGGGGAGACGCCAAGCAAAUCCGACGGUCACCCUCUGGCAUGGUACACGGCGAGUGGUGAGCACGGACCCGAGUUCGAAUCCCAAGAGCACACUUAUCCCAACAUGCAACGCGCGACAAUGCUGUGGUAUCACGACCACACGAUUGGAAUGACGGCACAGAAUGUGGUCGCGGGAUUGGCGGGGCUUUAUGUUAUCCGCGACCCGCAAGGCGAGCAGAGGCGGCUCAAGAAGUGGCUGCCACGUGGCGAGCGUCAAUUGCACCUCGUGAUCGCUGACAGGAUCUUUUUCCCGAACGGAUCCAUCAAUUAUCCGAAGCAGGGCUUAGUGCCGAACGUCCACCCGAAUUGGAUACCGGGUUACACUGGCGAUACAAAUGUUGUAAAUGGCAAGGUUUGGCCGUUCCUCAAGGUUCGGCGAGCGAUGCACCGGAUGCGCAUGGUGAAUGCAGCCAACGCACGCACGUACAACCUGACCUUCCAGUGCGCUGCACGUGGUGACUCCAACUUCAACCCCCCUCUCAGUGGGCCACUGCUGCCCUUCCACCUCAUUGGUUCUGAUGGCGGCUACCUCGUCCGUCCGCUGCGCUGCGCCUCUCUGCUCGUCGUCCCCGGCACGCGGCACGACCUCCUUCUCGACUUCAACGCUGCGCCCGCCUGGUGCCGUGACGUCAUUCUUGUCAACAGCGCCUCCAUUCCCUUCCCUGUGGGGCAGCCUGCUGACUGGUUCACGGGCGUGGUAAUGCGCUUCAUCAUCAACCAGCGCUCGCCAAUCAAGCCCCCCGCCCUGCCCAACAAGCUGUCGGACAUCCCCCCAGUGGACCUCUCCCAGGCAGUGAGGCAGCGCUGGCGGGCCUUAGUGUUUGUCAUCGACCGCGUGUCACGGGAACCGAGCGCCAUGCUGCUGGAUGGCAAGGCCUCCUCUGCUCCUGCCACCGAGAAGGCCAAAGUGGGCACUUCAGAGCUUUGGCACAUCAUCAACCCGACAUUCGAGGCGCACCCCAUCCACCUCCACCUCAUACAACACCGCCCCAUCUCCCGCCGUCCGAUCGACUCUGGCGGGUUAAUCAACGGCUCAUGUUCGCUCGCGCCCUCCUCCCCUGUCAAGCCCAGCUGCUUUACAGGGCCGGCCCGGCCCGUGCCACAGCAAGAGAGGGGAUGGAAGGACACCACUGUUGCAUUCCCCAACAGCGUUCUCACCAUCUUUGUGCCGUUCAAGGGGCAAGUGAGUGAGACGCGGUGCAGUGUGGUGGAGGGGAAGGUGGUAGGGUGA